AGGGCCUGCAGAAAGAAGGGAAGACGCCAGCAUUAUAAAUCUCACGCAUUGCCCUGGGCGCAUGCGCUCGUGGUGGGUCAGUGCCUUUGCUUCUCCGCUUCCUUCUAGCUUCGGGGCAGCUCAGCAGACUCAACGUUUGCAAAACCUGCAACAGAGAAUACUAUGAGACCGUUUUAAAUGACAGAUAAUAUAACAAAUUCAUAACUCCAGCAAAGUUAGGAUGGAGGUCGGGAAGUGGCCUAUAUUUACAUUGCUUUCACCUCAAGAAAUGGCAACCAUUCGAAAAGCCUGUGUAUUUGGAACUUCUGCCAAUGAAGCUAUAUAUAUCACCCACAGCGAUGAGGUGUUUGUAUUUGGACUAAACUGCAGUAAUUGUCUGGGAACUGGAGAUAAUCAGAGUACUAUUGUACCCAAAAAACUUGAUGGUUUAUGUGGAAAGAGGAUCUGCAGUCUUAGCUAUGGAAGUGGGCCGCAUGUGAUCCUUAGUACAGAAGAUGGUGAAGUUUAUGCCUGGGGACAUAACGGAUAUAGUCAGCUUGGGAAUGGGACAACCAACCAGGGUGUGACGCCUAUUCAGAUUUCUACUAAUUUGCUCACUAAGAAAGUAACCGAAGUAGCUUGUGGUUCCCACCAUUCUCUUGCAUUAUCAUCUGAUGGAGAUGUAUACGCCUGGGGCUAUAACAACUGUGGACAAGUCGGGUCGGGAUCAACUGCAAACCAGCCAACUCCUCGCAGGGUCUCCAAUUGUUUACAGGCUAAGGUAGCAGUCAGCAUUGCCUGCGGUCAAACUUCUUCCGUUGCAGUCAUAGAUAAUGGGGAGGUCUACGGCUGGGGUUACAACGGCAAUGGACAACUUGGUCUGGGAAAUAAUGGCAAUCAGUUAACUCCAUGCCGAGUGGCAGCACUUCAAGGGGUGUGUGUAAUGCAGAUUGUCUGUGGCUAUGCACACACGCUAGCACUAACAGAUGAGGGUUUACUGUAUGCCUGGGGAGCAAACACUUAUGGGCAGUUGGGGACUGGCAACAAAAGCAACCAUCUCAGCCCAGUGCAAAUCAUGAUGGAAAAGGAGAGGGUUGUCGAGAUUGCUGCUUGCCAUUCUACUCACACAUCUGCUGCCAAAACACAGAAUGGCUUGGUGUACAUGUGGGGUCAGUGUCGGGGGCAGUCGGUGGUCCUGCCCCAUGUUACCCACUUUUCCUGCACAGAUGAUGUGUUUGCUUGCUUUUCCACUCCUGCUGUGAUGUGGCGUCUCCUCUCAGUUGAGCAUGAGGAUUUUUUAACAGUGACAGAGUCUCUGAAGAGAGAAUUUGAUAGUCCUGAAACAUCAGAUCUAAAGUUUAGAGUAGAUGGAAAAUUCAUUUACGUACAUAAAGCGGUUUUAAAAAUCAGAUGUGAGCACUUCCGUACUAUGUUACAGUCGUACUGGAAUGAAGAUGAGAAGGAAGUGAUAGACGUAGAUCAGUUUUCCUAUCCAGUGUAUCGUGCUUUUCUUGAGUACCUGUACACCGACAAUGUUGACUUGCCACCUGAAGAUCCUAUAGGGCUUCUGGAUUUGGCUAUAUCGUACUGUGAAAACCGAUUGAAAAAACUGUGUCAGCACCUCAUCAAAAGAAGAAUCACAGUGGAGAAUGCUUUCUCACUGCUUUCUGCAGCGGUGCGCUAUUCUGCAGAGGAUUUAGAAGAAUUCUGCUUUAAGUUUUGUGUCAAUCAUUUGACUGAAGUCACCCAGACAGAUGCCUUCUGGGAAAUGGAUGGUUCACUGCUAAAGGAAUUCAUUGUUAAAGCUAGUAUAUAUGGAGCCUUUAAGAACUGAGAGCACCCUGAUGACAACCGGAAGCAAAAUAUCUUCCAUGGAAUAAAGGGAGUUUUGAGAAAGGAAUCAUCCUCUCUGUAUAUAUGUGAAGGAAACUUGCAUUCAGUCGUUUGAGAAGAAUUUGUGAAAAAUGCUACAUUCCUCUACACAACUUUCUAGGAAUAAAUCUCACUGUAUUCAGUGGGAUGUAAUAGAUUUGCACUGUAAGUACAUUGAGUUAUACAAUAACUUGAAAUGUUGAAGAACCAACUUGUUUUUCUUAGACAAAUUGUAAUUAUUGUUUUUGCUAUUCCCUUUGAAUUGUACUAUAUUUGGAAACGAAUUACCUAUUGUUCUGUUUCGUGGGCUUAAAUCAUUCAAAGUAAAUGACUGUUGGAAAGCUGUUUUGCAUUGCAGUUAUGUAUAAACUAUAAUAAAACGAGUGCCUUCCUGUCGUGAGUUUUAAACUUUAUUAAAAUUAUGCACUAAAUCAUCUUUAUGAGGA